CUCUCGUAAGGCUUCAAAACAGUUACGCUUCUGUAUUGAUCCGGGUGUUUUUCCCACUGAGUGAAACUAAGAAACUAAGGCUAAUUUUGUAGGGGCACGUUUAUUUAUUUCGGCCUCACACGUGAUCACUGGACUGCUGUGGUCCCCGCGAGCUCUCGGGCUGGGGCGGUGGGUCACAGUCCUGCACGCUCGCUCACGUGAAGCCGUCAUGUGAUUCCCAAUGGCGUGACAUGCACGCGGCCGCGGUAGCGCCUCCUGCUCGUGAGAUCGGUAGACCAUCUGGCUCCGCCGCUGUCGUCUCCGUCUCACGUGCAUGGGCUUGAAACUCUGCCGACUGGAAAUCGGAAACGGUGUCCGGAAGCGAACAGCGGAGCAGCGCUGCUGCAGAAGGUGGUAAAUAAAGACACGCGGAUGGCGAGCCCGGCGGAGAAGGCGUACUACCGGUUCGUGGUUCUGUUUUUUAACUGCAUGCUCACGUUCGGCUCGUAUUUCUGCUUCGAUAUUCCGAGCGUGCUGCAGGAGCAGUUCCAAGGGAAUUUGACGUGUCUGAACUCAACUGUGAGCAAUGGAACAAAGUGUGUGGAAGGACUGGGUUUGACCCCACAGGAGUACAACCUACUGUACGCCAUCUACGCUUGGACGAAUGCUGUGGUAGUGAUCAUGGCGGGAUUCCUCAUCGAUAAACUUGGCAACCGCUUCGGCGUGCUCUUCUUCUCCUCCCUGGCAGUGUUGGGGUCCGCCAUCUUUGCGCUUGCUUCUCAUUUCAAAGGGACGUACCUGCUGCCCCUCAUGUUGACCGGACGCCUGCUCUUUGGCUCUGGAAACGGCUCGCUCACCAUCGUGCAGAAUCGUAUAACUGCAUUCUGGUUCCGGGGGAAGGAGCUGGCUUUGGCCUUCGGUCUCACGCUGGCGUUUUCCCGCCUUGGAUCUGUGCUGAACUUCUUCCUCACACAGCGCUUUGAGACACAAUACGGCAUGCAGUGGACACUGUGGGGGGGUACGUUGCUGUGUGUUCUGGGAUUCCUCUCUGCUAUUACGGUCAGUGUCCUGGAUAAGGUGGGCACGAAACAACUGGGGCUGGACGGAGCAAUACAGGAGGAGUCUCGCAAAGUGCGGGUGCGAGACGUCAGACUGCUUUCUCUUCGUUACUGGCUGCUGGUCUUCACCAUCAUGUUCUUUUACAACGGAAUCUUCCCCUUCAUCGCCGAUGCUAGUAAGUUUAUUCAGGAUAAGUAUUCAGGCUACAGCCAGAAGGAAGCUGCGUAUAUUGCUGGAGCUGUUUAUGACAGCUCACUGGUGCUAUCGGCUGCGGUGGGCAUUCUCGUCGAUUACGUAGGGCUGAGGGGUGUGUUUGCGGUCCUGUGUGCGGUGAUGACGCUGCCUGUGUUUGGACUGUUGGCCUUCACGUUUGUUCCUCCUCUCAUCUCCACCAUCUGGCUUGGGGUCACGUACUCAUUUGCGGCUGCAAGUAUGUGGCCCUCUAUACCCCUGCUGGUGCCCCAGGCCACUCUGGGAACUGCGAUGGGUCUCGCCACCUCAGUACAGAUGAUUGGUGUCGGAGUGUCAAACCUAAUCGUGGGACAGAUUCUGGGGAGCAAGACCAGUGAGAUUCCUCUGUGGCGAUGGCAGUGUAUGAUGAUCUUCCUGCUGAUCAACACCAUCAGCUGCGUCAUCACCUCAACCAUCCUGAACAUCGUAGACGGCAAACAGGGAGGUGCUCUGAACAAUACGACAAAGAGAUCAGUGGAUCAGAAUGCAGAUGUCCAGACAGACAGAGAACCACUGUUGAGCGCGGGAGAGGAAGAAAGGACGAACGCUUCUACCUCCAUUAACACAACCUAAGGCUCUUAUCUACUGGAAUUAAUUUAACAUUUUUUAUUUUGAAUGGUGUUGAAGGGAAACAUGCACGCACAUACCCACACAGACAUUUAUGCCUUUAGACAUUGUGUUUGCUGUAGCAUUCUAGAUAUAUAAUGAGAGAGAACUAGAGAGAUUGACAUGUACGCAUGAGGCCUCUGCUCCAGUCAGGUGUUGCGUCAGGUGUGUGGGUGUGCGUGAAGUGUUUGUCCUUCCACGCCGUUUGUCUGGACACCGGCUAGGGCAUUUCUGUUGUGGGUGGGGUCAGGAGUGUGCAGGGCAUUUCUGAUUGGUCGAUGGUGCUAGUGUGUUGCUCCUCAAGGCACAUGUAUAUUUUUGCAAACUGGUCUAGUUAAGCAUAGAACUGUUCCAUACCUGAAUCUGAUUGCAUUCAUUUGGUGCAUCACUAUUUCUUUAACAAUACCCAUGAUGUUUAUUGUUGUUUUGUUAACACAGCACUACAACAUUUCAUCUGCAAUUAACUAGUUAACUAAACUCCAAAUUUUUAAUCUAAGUUCAGAUAAAUGUAAUCUUGCAUAUUUCAGUUUAAUCAGUUUAAUUUCUUAAACUGAAAUGUUGUCUUACCAACCCAGCAGCUUUGAAAUGUACAUCUCUGUACCCCACUGCUUGGGUCUUCCCCUUGUUUUUAAGUUCAAGUUCAAGUUUGGUUUAUUUGUCACAUACAUAGUCAUACACAGUAUAACUCGCAGUGAAAUGGUGGAGAGUGCUCUGUCCAAACUGUGGAAGAGAACCAGGGGUGCAUACAGAAAAAAAAACCUGAUGGAAGCUUUUAUAUUGAAAAUAAACGGUUUUCCCCACCUAUAAAUUCA